CCAUCCCUAGACCAAAACCGUAAAUGCGUAUUUUGUCUAUAAUAUAUAAUAUUUUGUUCUCAUUGUGGUCCAAAAACAAAAAGCAAAGUGAAGAACUCAAUUUGUCUGAUCCGGGUGCAAAAUAGCUACAUAGAUCGCUCUACAUACAACGACAACAACAACAGCAAAUAGAUCAUUCGCCUACAACCUACAACGCAAAAAAACGUGCGAGCUGACGGCGACGUACAGACGACAAAAAGUGGGUGGAAAGAGGAAAAGUGUGGUGUGUAAAAAGUGUUUGGUUAUGUUGGCAGCAAUCUGAAGGAAAGGAAUCUGAACCAAUCUGGGCAAUGGAUCACUAAAUAUCUGAAUAUUCAUUUUAAGAAUCGAAAUAAUCAGUUUCCAUCUAUCCAGCGAUGCUAGAAUCGCACUACAAUGAGGCCGCUGCUGCUGCGGCAGCCGCCGUUGUCGUUGGGGACAGUAGCAAUAACAGCAGCAACAGUAACAGCAGCAGCAGCAAUGGCAGCACUGUCAAUAUAAUGAUGACCAGUUUGGAUUCCUCAUUAAACGCCCACAAAUUUGCCUGGAUAGAGUUGCGGGAUGCGGCCGGCGGCAGUGUAGAUCGGGCCGAGGAACUUCUUUUGGAUCUGACACAGGAUUAUUCCAAUCGCACUUUCGGCGAUCAUCAAUGUCCGCUCUCGUUUGCCGCCAAACGCCACCAGGAAUCCAUUGAGGCAAUGGCCUAUGAGCGGCGUGCCUGGCGGAUCAGAGAACGCAUGAAGACGGCCAGCGUGGCCCUGGUGCUAUGUCUCAACAUUGGCGUUGAUCCGCCAGAUGUGGUGAAAAUCCAACCUUGUUCACGUCUGGAAUGCUGGAUCGAUCCCAGCUCGGUGUCGGCGCCAAAGGCAAUGGAAAUGAUUGGCAACAAUCUGCAAAUGCAGUACGAACGCUGGCAGCCCCGUGCCAGGUAUAAGAAAUGCCACGAUCCCACAGUCGAGGAUGUAAAGAAACUCUGCACUUCCCUGCGACGCAAUGCCAAGGGGGAGCGCAUCCUCUUCCACUACAAUGGCCACGGUGUACCCAAGCCGACGGCCAAUGGUGAAAUUUGGGUCUUUAACAAGACUUUCACACAGUAUAUCCCGCUUAGCAUAUUCGAGCUAAUCACUUGGAUGGCCGCUCCCUCCAUUUAUGUGUACGAUUGCUCCAAUGCCGGCAUCAUUAUCAAUUCCUUCCAACCCUAUGCGGAGCAGCACGAGCAUGAACGUGAAAAGGCCAUAGCUGCUGCCCAGCAACGGGGGAUGGGUUCUAUGACAGGACCGGGCAUGGUGCCUAAUCAAAUUAGCUACAAAAACUGUAUUCAUUUGGCCGCCUGUGCCGCAAAUGAGAUACUUCCAAUGAACUCGCAAUUACCGGCCGAUCUAUUUUCCAGUUGCCUAACCACACCCAUUAAUAUAGCCUUGAAAUGGUAUGCAAUGCAGGAAAAGUUGGGAAUGGUGCCGCGUAUACACAGCGAGCUGAUUGAUAAGAUUCCAGGCAAAGUCAACGAUCGACGCACAAUGAUGGGUGAACUAAAUUGGAUAUUUACAGCUAUUACCGACACGAUAGCGUGGAAUACAUUGCCGCGCGAGCUCUUUCAACGUCUGUUUCGCCAAGAUCUCCUGGUGGCCAGUUUGUUUCGCAAUUUUCUAUUGGCCGAACGCAUAUUGAAGAGUCACGAUUGUACACCCGUAUCGUUGCCGGCUCUACCGCCUUGCCAUCGUCAUCCGAUGUGGAAGGCGUGGGAUCUGGUUGUGGAUUUGGCACUACAACAAUUACCGGACAUUCUGGAAUAUAAUGCUCCAUACAAACAGCUGCCAUUCUUCGAGCAUCAGCUGACCGCGUUUCAGGUGAGACUGGAUAGUGAAUCGGAAUCACGGACCCCGCCGGAGCAAUUGCCCAUUGUGCUGCAAGUGUUGCUCUCCCAGGUGCAUCGGCUGAGGGCAUUGGAGCUACUGGCCCGAUUCCUUGAUUUGGGACCCUGGGCUGUCAAUUUGGCUCUCGGAGUCGGCAUCUUUCCCUAUGUGCUCAAAUUGCUGCAGAGUUCGACGAGAGAGUUGCGUCCCGUAUUGGUCUUCAUAUGGGCUAAAAUUCUCGCAGUAGAUCCCAGUUGUCAGGUGGAUCUGGUGAAGGAGUACAAAUACUUUCUGUCCGUGCUACAGGAUACCACGGUGUCCAAGGAACACCGCACACUCUCCGCCUUUGUCCUAUCGUCGAUUGUACAUAAUUUCCUGCUCGGCCAGACGAGUGCCUUGCAGGGUCCCCUGCUGUCUAUAUGCCUGGAGCAGCUUAAUGAUGGAAGUUGGCUGCUCCGCCAAUGGCUAGCCAUUUGCCUGGGCAUGUUGUGGCAGAACUUUGAGAAUGCCCGCUGGUCGGGUGCCCGCGAUUUAGCCCACGAGAAGCUCUAUGUGCUUCUACGGGAUGCCAUUCCCGAGGUGAGAGCAGCGGCCGUUUUCGCUUUGGGCACCUUCAUCAGCUCUGUGACGGAUCGUCGCCAGCAGCAAGCCAACAACAUUGAUCGCAUUAUAGCCAUCACUCUGCUGGAGACGGUGGGGGAGGAUAUGUCGCCGCUGGUGCGCAUGGAACUGGCUGCUGCCCUCCAAUGGAUGGUGCUGCUCUUCGAGUCACAAUUUGUCACGGUCUACAUGCUGGAACACCUGAAUGCCCACACCGAUGCGCUCGUCUCUAGCGGCGAGCGAAGCGCCAGCAUUACCCAUGGUAUGCCUGGAGCUCCGCCCGCUUCCACAACCUCGUCCACACAUAGCCUGGAGAGGCAUGUGACGAUGCGGCGUGGCGUUAGUUCGAGCUCAAUAUCGAAUAUGAGCGGAGCCUCGUCGACGGCGCCGGGCACUGGAUCGAAUGCCAUACCCUUUCAGUCGAUCUUCACAAAACUUUGGCUCGGCAUCUAUAAUCUCGGCCAGGAUCCGUUUCCCCAGGUAGCGGCGACCGCCCAAAAGAUAAUCAAUCAUGUGCGCGAUGCAGCUCUCUAUCCGAUUACGGCCAAGGAGGUAACCAUCAACACGGUCACAGAGAAAUGUAGCAGCCUGAGCGUCAGUCUGCCACCCAGUCCGAAUACCAGGAUCAAUUAUCUCGGCGGCGGCGGCCCUGGUGGUGGUGGUGCUGUUGGCAUUGCAUCGGCAGCUGGCGAAGCUUCCUCACCGGUGGGCAGCUCGACUACAAUGGGGGCAGGAGGAGCAGCAGCAGCUAAUGCAGGCGGCAGCCAUUGGGCACACAAGCUUCGCCUCUCCGGCAGUUCCACUGGCGCUGGCGGAGAUCCACAGUUGACAUUGCAUCGCAAACUUCGCACUAGUUCCACCAACGACGACACGGACAGCGGGCCAGCAUCGGCGCCGGUGCCGCCGGUUAGUUCGGUUGAAGGUUGCCACUCGGCCAGAAGCAGUGGCAGCGAGAGCAAUCACUAUCCCGACCCGGGCAAGGUGGGUCAGCCGCGUCAGCCAAUUGUGAAGACCCAAUUUAUUCCCUGGGCCAUGUCGUAUUUCACGCGAGCUGGCAAAGAGCGAUACAGUUCAUCUGAGGGCAGCGGUGAGGAGGGCCAGCAACGUUGGCCCAUUGACCGCAAUUCCACGGAGCUGCGCAUUAGAAACUAUCGCUAUCAUCGCAACGAAUCUAUCCGCAGGGAGGCAAAAAAGAUGUCUUAUUGCCACCAGCGAAUGGAUGCCUAUACAUGGAUGAGAAAAACACAAUUUACGCCAUCGAUAGUUAAACUAUUGCCGUACGAGCAGCAGAUUGCCGUCGCCUACAAGGAGAGGGUGCUUGUCUAUGACUUCCAAAGAAAUGCCGUGCGUGCCUAUGGUUCAGAUUCGAUUGCUGGCAAUGUCAGUGGCGGUGGCAGUGGAACUGUCAGUGGCAGCUCCACAUCGCUCAACGGUAAUACACCGCGCAAAACAGGAUUGGGAACAUCCGGUGGCUCUUCAUCCUCCUCGUCGUCGUCGUCUUCGUCGUAUGCCGCAUUUGCUCGGGUGAGCAGCAUUGAGUUUAUCAAUGCGCACGAUGUGGGCUUGGAGCUAGUCGCCCAUGAGGAUGGGGUCAUACGUGUUUGGCAGUCCACACAGCCGCCGUCGGGUGGUGAUGGCAUCAACACACUUUCCUCUUCCUUGGCAUCCUCCUCACUGAAUUCCUCGUUUGUGGAGGAGCCAUCCAAUGGAACCCGCCUAGUCACAGCUUGGGAUGCUCUGCCACAUGUGUCGCAGCCAAAUUGGGGCACCUCGACACUCCGGCAUCGCGGAGGUCUUGCCAGAUCUACCACAGAUCAGCUCAUGAGCUCCAGCACGGGCAUUGUCACCGCCUGGCAACAAUAUAGUCAGCAGUUGAUUGUUGGGGGUGGGUCUUGCCGCUUUCUCCGGAUUUGGGAUGUGGAGCGGGAACUGCGACUGAACGAUUUGCCCCUUGGACGCAGUGAGGCCAGUGUCCGUGUCCUUUCUCCCUUCGCCAGCAACGUGCGCUGUGAUCUUAUCGUGGCCGGGUGUGCCGACGGAAGCGUUCGACUUUUUGACAAACGUCUCGCACCGCAGGAGGCGCGGAUCCAUGACUAUCGGGAACAUGCCUCCCCCAUACUUCAUGCCUGCCUAAGAGCCAAUGAGACGACUCUGGUUACUGGCUGCACAGGCGGUCGUAUUUGUGUCCUGGACCUACGUGCUCGUGGCAAUGGGCGUUCCCGUCUCCAUCAAUGGGAUGCUGGCGGUGAUGUCACUGCCAUGGCGUGCCAUCAACUCGCCGAUGCUGUUGCCUGUGGCAAUGCUGCGAAAAUUUCCAUUUAUUCGCUAAAUGGCAAGCAGCAGAGUGUCCUGCGCAGCAACGAGGGAUUCAUGGGCUCCAAAAUCGGUCAUCCCACCUGCCUUUCGUUUCAUGCGUACAAAAUGCAAUUAGCGGUGGGAUUCGUGGACAACACGGUCGCGGUCUACAGUCCCACGCCAGUUUUAUAAACUCUGCGGCCGUUGGAAAAUUGAUGUUAAAAAGAAUCCUGAAACAUUGGUUAAUGCAC